AAAGCACUUGUUUGUUUCUUUCCGGAAAAGAGAUCGAACGCACCACAGUGAGGGUUAUUAUGCUACAACGCUUCUUAUAUUUCUGCCUAAUACUUGUAAACAAAUCGUAUUUUUUUAUUUAUUUAUUAUCUUUUAGUAGAAAGGGGGAAGCAGCAUUGUGUAAAUGUUUGUCAAACGAGUAUGGACGUCAGUCCUGUACAUAAGUUGCGCAACCUUCACUGACAACCGAACCGUCCUCGCACGCGCCGUAAUAUUACAGUGAUUCAACAGAUACAGAAAACUCUGACAUUAUUUCAGUAAAGCAGCUCAGAUCCGUCAGUUAAUGAUGCUCGGUUGGAUGGGGGCUUUUGUUUCUCGUGGCUUUGUAAACCACCAUUAUUUGUGACGAAAUUACGUUACGUACCAAGAGCUGCUCUUGAUAACCCUCUCGAAAUUAUGACAGAAUAUCUGCGGAGAAUCCACAGUGGCUUUCUAAAAGUUGUGCUGUUCCCCAACAUAUUCUGGAAUAAAGCUCAUCGUCCUGCAGCCUCUGAAGUGUUAACAUGUCACCUCACACAGCGCAAACUCCCGCCCUGGACUUCCUUCUGUGUGCGCUACAGUGCCGUCAUCAAUGAUCAGUUCGGACUGUCAAACUUCAACUGGCAGGUGCAGGGAGUGAACUACCAAAUCCUCAGAACUGGUGCUUUCCCUUUCAUUAAAUACCACUGCACCAGAGCACCUCCCCAAAACCUGGACUUUGAAAAUACGUUUUUUGGUGCACUGAAAGUCAUCAAUCUAGGUAUUCCAUGCUUGGCAUAUGGCUUGGGCUCAUGGAUGGUGGUUGGAGUGACAGAGACUGUACAAACCUCUGGAGGACCUGUUACUCUUUACUUUGCAUACAAGGAGGCGGAGGGCGCUCGGUACUAAUAUCAGAAACAUUUUGAUCUCUGAAAACGUAUGCAAUUUGCCAAGUGUGAAGAUCUUGAAUGGAAAAAUGCACAUUUACACACACAAUAAUAAUAAUAAUAAUAAUAAUAAUAAUAAUAAAUAUAUAUAUAUAUAGGUGAGCUUAUUUUAAAAGUUGAUGUUCCACAUCAUAGGAAAGUCAUUUCAGAAAUUCAUUUACCAUGAACUGCAGAUUACACUGGCAUUAUCGUGAUUAUUAGGCAUUAUUGUGAUGUGUUGAUUGAAGUUUACAAGCUAUGCAACGCCUUGUAUUCCCACUUGUUUUCCUCCCUAAAGCUAAUGCAGAAUUUUAAAUACCUUCAGCUCAUUUAUUUAAAGUCAAAUUAGAGCUCACACCCUGCCUGGCAUAUUGUCAAUAAGAAACAAGAGGAAUUGUUUAGAGGACAGGUCUGAUAAAAUGGUUUUUAAUUACAAUAGAGAAAGUGUGGCCUUUGGUUCAGUGCCCUCCGUAACACCCUCCCCAAGUCUUUCUCAGAUGCUUUGAUUUCUGAUAAUGUGCUUUGCUGACUUGGCGUAGCCAGGGCUGUCUUCUGCAGAAUCCUUAGUCACAUUACCUCUGAGAUUGGGUUUGACAAACUACCAUAUUGAUCCUCUACACUUCUCAGAGCUUUCUGCUGAGCACAUUUAUCAGAGGCCUUGAUUUUCUGGCCUUGCCACCUUCUCUCUUAAUAGCAAACAGACCGAAGUAAUAAUUUAAUGUAUUUCAUGCAUAUCAAUUGACCUUUUGGCCCCUUCUUUUGCACACUGUACUUCCGAGGGACAUAACAGAUUUGACUGGGCCAUUGUACAGUUCUGUGAAAAGUAUUUGCCCCCUUCCUGAUUUCUUCUAUUUUUUUAAAAUAUUUUUCAUACUAAAUUGUUUUAGAUCUUCAAACGAGAUAUAACAUAAAACUAAGGCAACCUGAGUAAACACAAAAUACAGUUUUCCAUUAUAUAAGCAAAACAGUUAUCCAACACCUAUAUCACCCAUGUGAAAAACUAACUGCCCCCUUAAACUUAAUAGCUGGUUGUGCCAACUUUAGCAGCAACAACUGCAACCAAAUGCUUCCGAUAACUGGAGAUCGGUCUUUCACAAUGCUGUGGUGGAAUUUUAGCCCACUCUUCUUUGCAGAACUGCUUUAGUUCAGCCACAUUGGAGGGUUUUCGAGCAUGAACUGCCCAUUUAAGGUCCUGACACAACAUCUUAAUCAGGUUAAAGUGAGGACUUUGACUGGGCCACUCCAAAACUUUUUGAGCCAUUUAGAGGUGGACUUACUCCUAUGCUUUGGAUCGUUUUGCUGCAUAAUCCAGUUGCGCUUGAACUUCUACUCAUGGACUGAUAACCAGACGUUCUCUUUUAGGAUUUUCUGGUAGAGAGAAGAAUUCAUAUUUCUCUCAAUUAUUGCAAGUCGCCCUGGCCCUGAAGCAGCAAAGCAUCCCCACACCAUCACACCACCACCACCAUGCUUGACCGUAGGCAUGUAUACAUAACUGUAUUUUUGUGGAAUUCUGUCUUUGAUUUAGCCAGAUGUCUUCCAAACAGUUCCACUUUCAACUCAUCAGUCCACAGAACAUUCUUCCAAAAGGUUUGAUGAUCAUCAAGGUUAGUUUUGGCAAAAUUCAGACGAGCCUUAAUGUUCUUCUGGGUUAGCAGUGGUUUUCGCCUCACUUCCAUGGAUGGCAUUUCUGGCCAGUGUCUUUCUGAUAGUGGAGUCAUGAACAGUGACCUUUAUUGGUGCAAGAGAGGCCUGCAGUUCCUUGGAUGUUGUCCUUGGCUAUUUUUGAUGUCCUGGAUGAGUCGUCAAUGUGCUGUUGGAGGAAUUUUGGAAGGAUGGCCACUUCUGGGAAGGUUCACUUCUGUGCCAAGUUUUCUCCACUUGGAGAUAAUGGCUCUUACUGAGGUUCUCUGGAGUCACAGAGCCUUUGAAAUAGCUUUGUAACCCUUCCCAGACUGAUGUAUUUCAAUCACCUUUUUCCUCAUAUUUUCUGGAAUUUCUUUCGACCUUGGCAUUGUGUGCUACUGGAUGAGAUCUUUCAGCCAACUUAAUGCUGCUGAAAAAGUUCUUUUUAAGUGUUGAUUUGAUUGAACAGGGCUGGCAGUAAUCAGGCCUGGGUGUGUCUAGUCCAGCUGAACCCCAUUAUGAAUGCAGUUUCAUAGAUUUGGGGAUUUAGUAACUAAGGGGGCAAAUACUUUUACUCAGGCCUAGUUGGUAUUGGAUAACUUUUGCUUCAAUAAAUAACACUUAUCAUUUAAAAACUGUAUUGUGUGUUUACUCAGAUUGCCUUUGUUUUAUGUUAGAUUUUGUUUGAAUUUUUGAAUCAAUUACAAAAGACUGCAUGCUGUCAUUGAUGCUAAAGGGGGCAAUCACAGUAGUAUGCAGACUUUUGAACAGGGGACAUUUAUUUAUUUUCUUUGUUGCCAUGUUUUGUUUUAUGAUUGUGCCAUUCUGUUAUAACCUACAGUUGAAUAUGAAUCCCAUAAGAAAUAAAAGAAAUGUGUUUUGC